UGCAUUCCUGAUAUCUACGUCACAACUAUCUGACAGUAGAAGGAAAUCUUAAAUUUUACUUUGUUUACUGAUGUUGAAGGUUCGAAAAAGUUUUGAAAACUUUUUGUUUACCGGUUUAUUAAGAUGGAACUACCAGCAGGAGUUAUCUCAUUUGCGUAGGUACGAAAAUUGUUUGCCAGCAUCGGGGAAAGUGCAAUGUGUUACAGUGAACGCUUCAAAUGCAUUUAUAAAAUUUGUCGGAAAUGGAUUCAGUAAUUAAAAUUGAAGAUUCCAACUGUAAUAUUCCUACAUCAUCAACAUUUAACAAUAGUUCUGCUAUUUCUACUAUUUUCCAAAUGUGUCAAUCAAGCUGUACUGAUUAUGUUGGCGUUCUUCCUCCGCCUCCUCAUGACAUGUCUAGCGUGAACAGUGUUGAACUAAAUGCACAAACAUCGUUAAGUGAUGACUCAGGAGUUCCACUUACCACCAACAGUUCAAUAUCUAGUGGAGAUUCAUACCGACAGGGCUUAUGCAAACAUGAAAUCGAAAUUGUUGAAAGUGACGGCGAAGUAUCUCAAUUUGAUUCACUUGAUAACUGCUCUGAAGGUGGAAUGAGUGCGGAAAACUUCAACACAUUAAAAAAAGUCCCAUUAGCACCAAUAGAUCCUCCACUAGAAUUUCAGGACUCACCUGAUAUAGCAAUCGGUCGCUGUAUUAAGCAGAAACUAAGGCGUUUAUCUUCUUCACACUCUUCUUUGGAACAAUCAAAAGACUCUGAGCGUAAUGAAAACACUAUUCGGGGGGAAAGAAUUUUUUGUAAAGAUACUGACCUGGAAGUUUUUACUCAAUAUUUUGAUAAAAAAAAAGACCUUUACCUUACGAAGAAACCCAUAUACUCAAGCGACUCCAUUCUUAGUAAUCAUACGGAAAAUGUAUAUGAUGAGCCAAAUAACGUGAUAGGCAAUUACGCUUUUAAAAGUACUCAAAUGUCUGAGCCACAUACCUAUACAAUUUCACCAUCUUUACCACUAACGUCGCUCGCUUCUAUGCGAGUAAAAAGAGAUUUAUGUCCAUAUUAUCAAGACCACACUAAGUAUUUCAAAGCAAUACCUUCAGAACAAGAUAGUGUAAUGAGUGCUGCCCAGAAAUUCAAUACGUUUGGUCUCUCAGAAAUCCACGAUUAUGAUCUGUACUAUGGAAUAAAACGAAACGCGUUUCACUGUGAAAGCGGUAUACAAAAAAAGGUGCUGUAUAGUCCUCGAAAUGUAAAUAAUUAUUGUCACAGUCAUCACAUUUAUACCGGGCCAAGUGGAUGCGCAAAUCGGCCAAAUUCCCGGAAUUCUCUGAACAGUCGUCUCUCUAGUUCACAUAAUUCACUAAGCACAUCAUCUGCAAAUAAACCGGACGAUUCCAUAUUCAUUACUCAGGCAAUGUCCCAUGAUGCAUUACUAACUCGGGAAAUAUCUGAUUUUUAUAACGUGCCUAUAGAUUCAGAUAUAUAUGCUCUACCAAUAGAUAUGGUGAAAACAGAUAAAAAUAACAGAGUUGAGUACAAAGAAGAUAGAUGUAAAGAUUAUAAGAAAUUAAAUAAUUUAAUUUUAACUGAGGAAGAUUAUUGCAAACAUUCUAAACUAAGUCGUAAAAAUAAUAGAAAUAAACGAAAAAAACGGAAUGGAGACAAUUGUGAAAGCGAUGUGAAGUGUGAUAAUUAUCAGUUUGGCUCAACUGCUUUUAAAUCCAUGAAUAAAAAGCCAGAUAUUUUAAGUGCGACGGUGAAUUAUGAUACUCAUGGUGAUGGUCAUACACUGUUUAAUUUGAGCGUGCCCCAGGAACGGCUACAUAUGACUUUGAAUGAAGUAAAAAAAUAUUACCAAACUCUUUACUCUAGUACAAACAAUCGAUCAGAUACAAACAAUGAAUCGGUAAAAAAUGACUCAAUUAAACGAUCUAAUGAAACAAUAUGGAGUGAAUCAUCUCCACGUUUACGAAACAAGCUUUGUUCUAUCGGAGAAAAUGUUGCUGCAGAUUGCAAGCUAAGUGCUAGAAAUUUAAAUAAUGAAAAUAAUGACAAACUUAACAACAACAACAUAAAUAACAUUGUUUUGGCUAAUAACUAUAGCAUUACCCAAAAUCGAAUAAUAAAGGUUGAUGAAGCAGACUUAUCGUCUCAAGUCAUACGAAACGAGAAAAAAACGCAAUUUUCGCUCAAUUUGAAACAAAAGUUCUGUAAUAUAUUUCGCAUUCGUCGAACCCAACCGCAAUGUCAAACGAGCUCGUCGGGCACGGAAAUAAUUGCUGGUAAUCGGGAUCGUAGAAACACCGUAGAUAAGCACAAAAAAUUCCAGUCUAGAGCAUUGCCUCCCUUACCCAAUAAGACUGACUCGAAAAUGGCGCAAUGCAAAGGAAAUUCGAAGAGAAAACAGGAAGCAAGGUCCCUACAAUUUACUUCCAGUAUUGAGAAAGUAAAGGAUUAUGGAUGGUACUGGGGCCCGUUAUCAAGCGAAGCAGCGGAGAAAGUUCUUUCUACUGAACCAGAUGGAAGCUUUAUUGUACGAGACAGUUCUGACGACCAUUACAUUUUCUCCCUAAGCUUUAAACUAAAUAAUUGUGUUCGUCACGUUCGAAUAGAACAAGAUCAAGGAACAUUUUCAUUUGGCUCAUAUGCAAAAUUUAAGUCGCAGACGAUCACUGAAUUCAUUGAGAAAGCAGUUGAACACUCAAGAAGUGGAAGGUACUUAUUUUUUCUACAUAGACGACCCGAGCAUGGUCCCAUGAGAGUGCAACUAACAAACCCGGUAUCUAGAUUCAAGCACGUUCAAAGUUUGCAGCAUAUGUGCAGAUUUGUGAUUUUAAAAACCGUUAUACGGAAAGACUUGAUACAAUCGUUGCCAUUACCGAGAAGGCUUUUAGAUUAUUUGAAUUAUAGACACUGUUUCUCUGAACAGAUUGAAAUUGAUAACUCACAUCAUCAGUGACUAUAUGUAUUCAAGGCGUUAGAAAAAGUUUUUCCAUCUCCUCUCUGAAAGUAAUACCAAAAUUUAGGAAGGUAUUUCUCCCAUAAAAAUGGUCCUAUAAAAACUGCCAGAGUUUCGGACAGUGUAUUAAAUUGCUGGGUUUCCUAUAUCUACGGCAACAUCAAGACGCACAUGUACAAAACGUACGCCCCACAAUAUUAUUCUUUUGGGUACCUCUGUUCAAAAAGAUACAAUAUCACAGGUAGCGAUAUCUUACGAACCCAAAAGAUAGAUAUGUUCUUCACCACUUUCGAGCACAUUUAUAGCUGGUGAGAAUAAAAAAGUUUUAAAUUUCCAACAAAGCGAAAAUUGUAAAAAUAUCCACAUUCUUGACUAAAUAAUAAUCAUUCAACAUUUAUA